AUGUAUCGACCUGUAGGAUUUGGCACCCAAAACAGAAAGCUAAAGCCAUGGAUGAUUGCGCUUCUCAUUUUGUUGUCACUGACAGUGGUAGCACUGACCAUUGGCCUUCUGACUCACUUCUUAGUCUCUGGUGAGAAAAUGGAAUACUAUCAUGGCACCUUUAAAAUUUCAGAUCUUCAAGUCAAUAGCAAUUCUGGACAAAAGAGCACAUACCAGUUGGAGCGCUUACGGGAGAUGAGCGAAAUUUUGGUGGAUGAAAUAUUUAUUAAUUCAGCCUUGAACAAGCACUAUAUCAAGAACCAAAUAAUCAGACUAACUCCAGAAGUAGAUGGUGUAAAAGCAGACAUCGUCAUGGUGUUCCAGUUCCCUUCUACUGGGCAAAGAACUGUAAGAGAGAAGAAAAUCCAUAGCAUCUUAAAUCAGAAGAUAAGAAAUGAAAGAGCCUUGCCAAUAGAUGUUUCCUCAGUUCAAGUUAAUGCAAUGAGCUCAUCAACAGGGAAGCUAACUGUCCAAGCAUGUUGCGGUAAACGAGCUGUUCCAUUAAUAGUCAAUAGAAUAAUGUCUGGAGAACUUGCAGACAAGGGUGCCUGGCCUUGGCAAGCUUCCCUUCAGCGCAGUAACAUCCAUCAAUGUGGGGCCACCUUGAUAAGUGACAGGUGGCUUGUCACUGCAGCACACUGCUUUAAAAAUAAUGCAAAUCCACGUCAAUGGACUGUUACUUUUGGAACAACAAUAAACCCUCCCUUAAUGAAAAGAGAAGUAAAGAGAAUCAUUGUCCAUGAGCGAUAUCACUCCCCAGCAAGGGAGUAUGACAUUGCCGUUGUGCAGUUCUAUCCUAGAGUCACCUUUUCAGAUGACAUACGCCGGAUUUGUUUGCCAGAAGCUUCUGCAUCCUUCCCACCAAAUUCAACUGUCUACAUCACAGGAUUUGGGGCACUUUAUUAUGGUGGGGAAUCCCAAAACAAUCUACGAGAAGCCAAAGUGAAGAUCAUAAGUAAUGAUGUGUGCAAGCAACCACAGGUGUAUGGCAAUGAUAUAAAAUUUGGAAUGUUCUGUGCUGGAUAUCUGGAAGGAAUUUAUGAUGCUUGCAGGGGUGAUUCUGGGGGACCAUUAGUUAUAAAAGAUCUUAAAGAUACCUGGUAUCUCAUUGGAAUUGUAAGCUGGGGAGAUAACUGUGGUCAAAAGAACAAACCUGGAGUCUACACACAAGUAACUUAUUACCGACGCUGGAUUGCUUCAAAAACGGGACUCUAA